AUGGAUUUCCCAGCUGCUGGGGUUAGAUCUUUUCUUCUCAAUAAUGCUGGAGGAAACUCUGAAUGCCCCUUUUUUCUCUGGGGACUUCUAGCCUUCUUGGGUUUGGCUCUGGUUAUUUCGUUGAUCUUCAAUAUCUCUCACUAUGUAGAAAAGCAACGACAAGAUAAAAUGUACAGAUGCUCUGAUGACUUCAUUCCCAGGGUUGAUGAAUAUUAUAUUGAAGACACACCAAUUUACGGUAAUUUAGAUAACAUGAUCCCAGAAGAAAUGAAUGAAAAUUGCUAUGAACAAAUGAAAGCCCGACCAGAGAGACCUGUAAAUAAUAUGCAAGAAGCUGCUCCAUCUGCACACGUGCCUGCUGAAACACAGAUGUGCUACGCCUCCCUUGAUCACAGCUUCAAGGGGAAGCGCAGGAAGCCCAAGAAACAGAAUGCUCACUUGUCAGAGGAGGAAAAAGACAAGCAAUUGCAUGCAGUGGGUGCCAGCAUUUCUACGACCAACUUGGCAGAGAGUUUCUCACCAGAAAGCCAGGCAAUAGAGGAAAACAUUCAUGAUGACCCCAUUAGACUGUUUGGUCUGAUUCGUGCCAAGAGAGAACCUAUAAACCAGGCAGAUUAUGAUCCAAGUCAAUGAUAAUGCUCCUGUUGGAGAUGGUUUUGAAGAAAACAAGAUCCCCACCUAGCACAGAAUGACCUGUCAGAGUGACAGUCUGAUCAUUUGUUGAUGGGAUGGUGGUUUACGUCUUAUUCAGAGACUAUAUCCAUAAGCACUAAAUGUAGUGCUAUUAAAAUUAGUGAUAUGUCCAUGUACAUAGAAUAUGUCAAAAUGCACUCUACUGUCAUGUAUAUCUAAAAAGAACAAAUAGAGAAAAAAUAAAAUGCAAAUGUAAAAUAAAAAUUAGUGAUAUGAAUUCCCCUAAAAAUUGCCUAAGUAGUAAAAGUACAACAAAAUUCAGCUUGCAAAUUAAGCCUGAUAGCAAAGUCAAAACUUUACAAAAAUACCAAAGAGAGAAAUAAACAAAAAAGUUUUAAAGCAUAAAUGUGUUCUGAAACAUGUUAAAAGAAUCAUAAAAACCAAUAAUUCAACAACAACAACAAGAACAAGAACAAAGUUUUCCUCAUUCACCAAAGUGAAACACUCUGUAAUUAGAAGAAAUUUUUGAUUGAAAGAUGUAGGAGAAAUUAAAAUUCAUAUGUAAGAGAAGUGGGAUAAUCCUCUUAAGAGGUAUUUUCCCAAAUGGAAUAGCUUCAUUAGUUUAACAAUUAUUAGGAAAUUAAUGUAUCUUUCUUGCAACAAUAAACUAAUACCAAAAUAAAUUUAGAAAUUCCACUAACUAGAGAAAAUUACUAUGGAAAACUGUCUAUAUAUCCUUCUAGAUAUUUUAUCAUUGAGCAUACCCAU